AUGGGUGUUCACAGAAACUCCCCGAAAGCCUUCGAGAAGAAGUCGUCUACAACCCUUAAAUCCUUGUUUGAUCUGGAUUCCAAGAACAACAGUCCAAGCAACAAUCUUAGGAGUCCCAAGAAUGUCAGGCAGUCUUCUGAUGAAUCCGAACACCAAGAGGUCCUUUCCAUAAUCUCGCACUGCUCCUUCAUAUUCUCCUUCAUCGAUCCCUCGGAGUCUCCUUCGAGGCAAGAUCUCAAGCGUCUCAAGCUCAACCAGCUCUUAUCAAUGGUUAAAACCUCAAAAAAUCCUCUCUCUGAUCAGGUACUUUCCUCUCUCAUGUCCAUGCUAUCCGCCAACAUUUUCCGCCCUCUUCCUCCACCUUCGACUAGUUGUUGUGCCUCAGAACUGCCUGACGACGAAGAAGUCGUUUCUGCUCCUUCACCGGCAUGGCCUCACCUUCAACUUGUUUAUGAAAUCCUUUUGAGGUUAGUACUCAACGAGGAUCCAAAGACUCUUCGCAAUUACAUUGAUAAUCGCUUCCUUCUCAAUCUCCUCUCUCUUUUUCAAUCCGAAGACCCAAGAGAGCGCGAGAGCUUGAAGAAUUUGUAUCAUAGGAUAUACUCCAGAUUCACUUUCUACCGAUCAUUGAUGAGGAAAUCAAUGAAUGAUGUGUUCUUGCAGUAUGUGUCUGUGACAGAGAAACAUUAUGGGAUUGGACAGUUACUAGAGAUAUGGGGAAGUAUUAUCAAUGGUUUUACUGUUCCAUUGAGAGAAGAGCACAAACUGUUCUUGAUGAGAGUCCUGAUUCCUCUACACAAGACCAAAGGUAUGCAGAGUUACCACAGGCAGCUAGCUUACUGUGUUUCUCAGUUUGUGCAGAAAGAUCCUGUGCUUGGUGGGGUUGUCAUUAGAGGAAUCUUGAGGUACUGGCCGAUCACUAACUGUCAGAAGGAAAUUCUGCUUAUCGGUGAAAUGGAAGGAUUGGUGGAGAAUAUCGAUCCUGAUCAGUAUAGAAAGUUGGCUCUCCCCAUUUGUACCAAAAUUAUCAAAUGCUUGAACAGUUGGAAUUCACAGGUUGCAGAACGAGCGCUGUACGUGUGGAACAACAAGCACUUUGUGAAGAUGACAUCGUCGGCAACUGAAGAAGUUUUUCCGGUGGUAGUUGAAGGGAUGGAGAAGAACCUGAAGGGGCAUUGGAGCAAGAGUGUUAAGCAGUUGACGGAAAAUGUGAAAUUGAUGUUGGAAGGAAUGAAUCCAAGUUUGUACUACAAAUGUCUGCAAGAAAUAGACCAAAAAGAAUCGUCGGCUCGCGAAGAAGAGAUCAAGAGGGAGCAGAAUUGGGAAAGGAUUGAACUUGCAGCUGCCCAGAAUCAGUUCCUUCAAAUUUGUCUUUCUCAUUCAAGAACAUAG